UCGUCAGUCUUGAAUUUUUCGUGGAGCGAUUAACACACAGUGAACACAGAUCGCCAAAGGCUGAAAAGGCCCAGAAUCCGACCGCAUCCGCAUCCUCAGCGAAAAAUAAAUAAAUAAACGACAAACAGCACUACUGAUCGGUGGCUACGAAAAUAAAUCAUUAAGAUCAAGAACAGGCAAAUUGCGUGUGUGUUUUCUUUACAUUUUUUUUUUCCGUUUGGUUUGCCCAAUUUUUUUGACCGACUUCUGGGACCAGAACAACAACAGGAAAACCGAAGAGCCACAACAACAACAUGGAUGCCGAGGCGCCCAAAAAUCAGACUGUAACAGUUCCAAAACAGGAAACUGUGACUGAAGGAGCGGCAGGUGAAACAGCAGGUGGAGGUGGAGUAGCCAAGGUCACCGAGAAAGAAGAACACGAUGCGGAGUACCAUCCACCUACAAGCUACCUGGAGACAAUCGUGCACCUGUUCAAGGGCAACAUUGGACCCGGUCUGUUCGCCAUGGGGGAUGCCUUCAAGAACGGAGGUCUCCUGGUUGCCCCACUUCUAACCGUGGUGAUAGCGGUGGUGUCCAUUCACUGCCAACAUGUCCUGGUCACCUGCUCCAAGAAGAUGCGGGAUCUCAAGGGAGAAACUGUGUGUGCGGACUACGCGCAGACGGUGGAGCAGUGUUUCGAGAAUGGUCCACCAAAGUUGAGGGGCUGGUCCCGAACGAUGGGACGUCUGGUGGACAUAUUCAUCUGUGUGACCCAGUUGGGCUUCUGUUGUAUCUACUUUGUGUUCAUUAGCACGAAUCUGAAGCAGAUCCUGCAAGCCUACGAGAUUGACAUGAACGUCCAUCUGGUGAUGCUGCUGGCCUUUGUGCCCGUGCUCCUCAGUUCACUGAUCACGAACCUGAAGUGGCUCACCCCCGUCUCGAUGUUCGCGAAUAUCUGUAUGAUCGUGGGACUGGCCAUAACCCUGUACUAUGCUCUCAAGGACGGACUGCCGGAGGUGGAGGAACGCGCCCUCUGGACGAACGGCUCCCAGCUGGCCCUCUUCUUCGGCACCGCCAUCUUUGCCUUCGAAGGCAUUGCUCUGGUGAUGCCGCUGAAGAACGCCAUGCGAAAGCCACACCAGUUCGAGCGACCUUUGGGUGUGCUCAAUGUGGGCAUGUUCCUCGUCUCCGUCAUGUUCAUGUUCGCCGGAUCCGUGGGCUAUAUGAAGUGGGGUGAGCAGGUCGGAGGCAGUUUGACCCUCAAUCUGGGCGAUACCAUCCUGGCCCAGUGCGUCAAACUGAUGGUCUCCGCUGGAGUUCUACUGGGUUAUCCUCUACAGUUCUUUGUGGCCAUCCAGAUCAUGUGGCCCAGUGCCAAGCAAAUGUGCGGCAUUGAAGGACGAUCGCUGGUCGGAGAGCUGGGCUUCCGCACCUUUAUGGUCCUGGUGACUCUUGCCAUCGCGGAAAUGGUUCCGGCCCUGGGACUUUUUAUCUCGCUAAUCGGAGCACUAUGCUCAACGGCUUUGGCAUUGGUCUUUCCACCCGUCAUCGAGCUGAUCGCCAGGAGUGACCUCAACAAAGGACCGGGCGUCUGGAUUUGCGUAAAGAACCUCGUCAUCUUGGUGUUGGCCUUGCUGGGCUUCUUCACCGGCUCCUACGAGAGUCUCAAACAAAUUGUCAAGCACUUCGGGGAGGAGGAGGUGCACUGAGGAGAACUUCCUUUGAAGAGGAAUCUUCGAAGGCUUGGGAUCCUCAUCAAAGACCAGACGUGAGAAGAGUGGAGCUAAACCUCGCUGAAGAUAAUCAUUAUAACAUCGAACUUCAAAUACCAGAGGAUCUUCCAAAAUUGGUGUUAAACUACAGAAGAUCGACUUCACAAUACCAUCUUCAUAAAAGAGCUGACGAUCAACCCUAAUCUACAAAGGAUCACAACGAUUAUUCACUCACCUUGCCAAGGAAUCAACAGAAUAUAUAUUAAUAUGACCAGCCCUAGAUUGACAACUAUUAUUUAUGAACUCAAGAAAUUAAAAAGAUGAAAAAGCAGUUAAGACGCCUUAGACGAACAACACAGGAAUAAGAAGCAGAAGAUCAUCAGUAUCAAAAAUCGAUAGUCGAUGAAACCUCAAUAUCAAAGCUUUAGUUAAAUAUAAAAAAAAAUCGAACCGCAAGCCAUAACAAAUAUUGUAAACAGAAUUACCAAAAAACAAUGCGACAUUAAAGGAUUACUUCAUUUUCUUAGAAGUAUUAGCAACAUGUCACAAUCAAAAACAUUAUGGAACAGUUAAACAUGUACCUACUCUUAAUCCUUAAUUAUUUACAUACAUAAAAACAUAACAUAUUUGCGAAUUUAUUAUCAAAAAAAAUGCCCAUUUAUACACAUAAAUAUAUAUCUAAGUGCCCCUUUUUGUGUCUUAGCAAGCGUGCAGCGCAUUUUACUUAUUAUAAUUGAUUAUUUUUUUCAUAGAUAUUAAGUGAGAAUAAACGAUGCGACGUUCGUUUUGACGUCAUCGCAAAAUGACAAAAA